UUAUCUUCGGAAUUUAUUAGGAGGUUAAAAUGAUGGUGCAUUAUAUAUUUAAAAAAUUUAAAUUUGGUUUCGUUUUUUCCUUUUGUUCUCAGAUUUUCCACAACGAAUCCCACCCACCCCGUUCGGCGCGCUUCGCCACCGCAGCGCUAGCGUUGAAUUCGUUUCUUUUUAAAAAGAAGAUGGGACGAUGAUGAUGAAGAUGAUGAAGCUGAGAAGGAGCGAGAGAGGGGCGGAGGAGAGAGAGAUGAAGAGGAGGGGGGUGGGCUCACCGGAGAGGAUGAGGACGCCGCCGACGAUGGGGAGCAGCGCGCGGCGGAGCGGCCACCGGAGGAUCGCCGACUUCCUCGCCGAGGAGGAGGGCGAGUCGGACGGCGAGUCGUUCACCACGGCGUUCGGGGGCGCCGAGGACGGGGGGAUGCUCCCCGCGUUCCUCGCCGACCACAGCGAGCUCGUGGAGGUGAUGCUCGAGCUCGACGAGGAGUCCAUGGUGGUGCGGAGCGUCACCCCGACCUCCUCCGCCGCCCUCUACGGCGCCGGGGCGCUCCGGAGCUCCAGGUCGGGGCCGCAGGACCUGGACCUCUACGGAUCGGGCGCGGGGCGGGGCCCGAUAUGGUUCCCGCGGUCCGGUCCGCAGGAGCCGGAUCGGGACGGAUCGGGCGGCGGCGGUCGGAGCCAGGGCCGGUGCUCGACCUCGUCGGGGCCGCAGGGGGCGGGAUCGGACUCGGAGCCGGGCGGCGCCCGGAGCCUGAGCCGGAGCUCGUCGACCACGUCGCGGAUCCGGAAGAAGUUCCCCUGGCUCCGCUCCCCGUCCCCCGCUCCCCGGCGCACGCCACCGCCGGCGACGGCGCCCGGCGACGCCUCCGCCGCCGCCCCCGCAGCCGGGACGGCGGCGGCGGCGUUGGCCGCCCGGGAGAAGCGGCGGAUCCAGGCGAGGCUGAACCGGACCCGGUCCGGCGCGCAAAGGGCUCUCAAAGGUCUCCGGUUCAUCAGCCGCACCACCGGCUCGGUCGAGGCCGCGGAGCUGUGGCGCCGCGUCGAGGAGCGCUUCAAUGCCCUUGCCAAGGAGGGUUUGCUCUCUCGCGACGAUUUCGGCGAAUGCAUAGGAAUGGUGGAUUCGAAGGAGUUCGCAGUGGGUAUAUUCGACGCACUCGCGCGGCGGCGUAGGCAAAACCUGGAACGGAUCACCAAAGACGAGCUCUACGAUUUCUGGGUCCAAAUCUCCGAUCAGAGCUUCGACGCUCGCCUCCAAAUCUUCUUCGACAUGGUUGAUACCAACGUCGAUGGGAGGAUAACGAGAGAGGAAGUACAAGAGUUGAUAAUUCUCAGCGCGUCGGCGAACAAGCUGUCGAAGCUCAAGGAGCAGGCGGAGGAGUACGCCACGCUGAUCAUGGAGGAGCUCGAUCCCGAGAACCUCGGCUACAUCGAGUUGUGGCAGCUCGAAGCCCUGUUGCUGCAAAGGGACACCUAUAUGAACUACAGCCGGCCUCUGAGCACCACCAGCGCCGCCAAUUGGAGCCAAAACCUCGGCGUCGGGGGCGGCGGUGGAGGAAACGGCGGCGGCGGCGGCGGCGGAGGCGGAGGCAGCGGUGCUACGGAGCCGAACCGGGCGCGGAGGGGGUUGUGGCGGGGGGCGCGGCGCAGGGCGGCAAGGGUGCGGGUGGCGGCGCAGGAGAGCUGGCGGCGGGCGUGGGUGCUGCUGCUGUGGGCAGCGGCGAUGGCGGCUUUGUUCACGUGGAAGUUCGUGCAGUACCGGCGGCGCGCGGCGUUCCAGGUGAUGGGCUACUGCCUCCCCACCGCGAAGGGCGCCGCCGAGACGCUGAAGCUCAACAUGGCCCUCGUGCUCCUCCCCGUGUGCCGCAACACCCUCACAUGGCUCCGGUCGACCUGGGCCCGGUUCUUCGUCCCAUUCGACGACAACAUCACCUUUCACAAGAUGAUCGCGACGGCGAUCGUGGUGGGGAUCACGCUCCACGCCGGCAACCACCUCGCCUGCGACUUCCCCCGCCUGAUCGGGUCGAGCCCCGACCAGUACAAGCUCGUGGCGAGGGACUUCGGAUCGAAGAAACCGACCUACGGGAGCCUGCUCUACGGAGUGGAGGGGGUGACCGGAAUCGCCAUGGUGGUUUUAAUGACCGUGUCGUUCACGCUCGCGACGCACCCGUUUCGAAAGAACGGGGCCCAGUUGCCCUUCCCGUUGAACCGGCUCACCGGGUUCAACGCGUUUUGGUACUCUCACCACCUACUCGUGCUCGUCUACGUGCUUCUCCUCGUCCACAGCUAUUUCAUGUUCUUUGUCCACAAGUGGUAUCAGAAAACGACAUGGAUGUACAUCUCUGUUCCAUUGCUGCUCUACGUCGGAGAGCGAACAUUGCGUGCCUUACGGUCCAAAGCCUACUCUGUCAAGAUCUUGAAGGUCUCUUUGCUGCCGGGAAGUGUCUUGACAAUAACAAUGUCGAAGCCGUAUGGAUUUCGAUAUAGAAGCGGUCAAUACAUCUUCCUUCAGUGUCCCACGAUCUCUCCGUUCGAGUGGCACCCUUUCUCCAUCACUUCAGCUCCCGGUGAUGACUACCUCAGCGUUCACGUCCGAACAGCCGGAGACUGGACGCAGGAGCUAAAGCGCAUAUUCAUCGAGAACUACUUCUCGCCUUGCUCGAUAGGGAGAGCCACAUUCAGCGACCUGGGCUCGGUACAACAACGAAGCUUGCCGAGGUUGCUCGUCGACGGUCCUUACGGCGCCCCAGCUCAGGACUUCCGGAACUACGAUGUUCUACUUCUCGUGGGGCUUGGAAUCGGCGCAACUCCUUUCAUAAGCAUCCUUAGAGACCUACUCAACAACAUCAAAAUAGCGGAGGAACUAAUGGACUUGGCAAUGGAAACUAGUAGAUCAGAAGACAGUGUGAAUAGCUUCAGCUUCUCGACAUCGAGCAGCAACAAGAAGAGAGCGUAUAGGACGACCAACGCGCAUUUCUACUGGGUCACAAGAGAAGCGGGAUCUUUCGAAUGGUUCAAAGGGGUUAUGAAUGAAGUCGCGGAAAUGGAUAAGAAGGGAGUCAUCGAGUUGCAUAAUUAUUUAACGAGCGUGUACGAGGAGCGUGACGCUCGGACUACUCUACUCACAAUGGUGCAGGCUCUGAAUCAUGCUAAGCAUGGCGUCGACAUCGUCUCAGGCACCAGGGUAAGAACACACUUUGCGAGGCCCAAUUGGAAAGAAGUUUUCACCAGAAUAGCUUCGAAGCAUCCGAAUUCGACCGUAGGGGUGUUUUAUUGUGGCGCGCCGACGCUAGCGAAAGAACUGAGAGGAUUAUCGCACGAGAUGAGUCACAGAACAUCGACGCGGUUCCACUUCCACAAGGAGUACUUCUAAUUGCCGCGGGAGGUGAUAGAGGAUAAAAGAAAAAGAACCAAAAAAUAGAAAAGAAGACAAAAAAUUUUGCAUACUUGUUUAGAAGUAAUAGAAGGUAAACAACCCUCAUCCUCUACAUUUGUAAAUGUACAUACUACAAAGUAGAGAGGGAAUUAGCAAAAUGAGUUAACAAAAUGGAGGGGGCUCAAAGCUCUCUCAAUCAUCAAUUUUCAUAGCUAUACAUGUACAAAUCAUUAUUAUUAAUUAUUAAUAAUAAGAAAUCAGAGGUAACUAAUAUGAAUAUAUAAUUACUUUUUUUCCUUUAA